CCACCCACACCAGCAGGUCUCUGCACGGGUUUUUGCAGCCAUGGCAUUCGUCCCUGAUCUGGACACGCUGGAGAGCAGCAGCCUCAACGAGGAGAUAUUUUAUAGCACUGAAGGCCUCUGCCCACAGAAGAAACUCCGUCUGGACUCAGAGAUGACAUCGUCUGAAGUGGACAUCCAGGUGACAGUGACCAAUGAACACCCCACCUGGACCUUUCGCCGGGCUGCUGUCCUUGUGGUGGCCACGGCCAAGCUCCUGAAGCGGCCCGCGUACGAGGACUUUGUUGACAGUGACCUUGGGGGCUUCCUGGACAGGGUUUUUGAGCCCGUCUCCUUCCAGCGGAUGGAGGUCAGCUGCGCUGGGGCACCCGUCUAUCGCUACACCCGCUCCCAGUCCUUUGACAUCUUUGAUAUCGACCAUAAGUGCUUCGUGCUGGAGUCACCCACCCAGCUGGUGGCCCUGCACCUGCAAGGACCCUCGGCCGGACGGAAAGUGAAGCUCAACAUUGCUCUGUACCGUCCCCAGGCAUCAGAGGGUGGCCUGGGGGCUGGGCGAGUUCCAGUGGCCUUAGGCAUCAAGGGCUACCAUCUCUACAUGUCCUGUGUGAUGAGUGGGGCCGAGCCCGUGCUGCAGCUGGAGGAAGCUGACAUCAGGAGGGACAUUGAGAGCGUGGAGCUGACUCGCUUCAUCUUUUACCGCCUGGACAGCCCCACCGAGGGCACCACCCGCUUCGAGUCGGCCGCCUUCCCCGGGUGGUUUAUCUGCACCUCGCUGCAGCCACGCCAGCCUGUCAGCAUCACCAACCACCCUGACCAGGUCAACAUUGCCACCUACGAGCUGAGUGGGCACUGAGGGCACCUGUGGCCCCACACCCACAACCACCCCACUGGCAGUCGCCAGUUUGCUGCUGUAUGUACCAAGUACAGACCCCCAGAACUCCCAUCUAUUUCAGGUGAAAUAGCAGCUCUGGGCCCUGUGGGCCAAAUCACCCCUAUUUUACUGAUGUAUUGUACCCACCUCUUGCUUUUCUACUUAUUUAUUGUGCCCGUCCCUUGUUUUUAAUUUAUUGCAAACAUUGCAGGUUUGUGACUAGGGGUAUUUGCUGGGGACAGAGGGGAAUAAAAAGUGU